GACCAGUUGAAUAACCGGUCCUUCUCUGUUUGGCCAAGCAGGUACAUUGCAGCACACCCUCUCUUUCUCCUGAGGCAGAACUCCAGCGAAUAUGAAGAAGUAGAAAUGAGCGUUUCCACGUCACAAAGCCAGAGUCCCCCAAUAACAGCCUGAGUUCUCAGACGAGGAAGCUCCUUGCCAAGGACUCAGCCAACCUCUGUGUCGUCAUCUUUACGAUCUGCGUCAUCCAAGGGAACAAGAUCGUAGAAGAUCCAUUGAAUUUUCCCGUCUUCAACAUCGUCUUCGAGGUUGUCAGGAGUGCCUACGGUGGAGUCGGGAUGUCAGUGGACUACAGCUGCGCGCUCAGACUGUCAAAGAGUUCACCGUGUGCAGAUGCCCUGUACAGCUUCUGAGGACAGUGGAGUCUUGCUGGAAAAUUCAUCCUCUCAGUUGUCAUGCUGAUGCCCGGGGGGGACCUCAGAGGCCUGCCGGACGAGACGGACUCUGCUAUCAAACCCCUCGUCCUUCAAUCCUCCUCACGCGUUUGUUACAAGUGCAAGACACACCGUGAGCAUUAUCCCUCCGACUGAGACUCAGCCAGCCUAAUCUGCCGAACUACGCCCGAGGAAAUGAUGACAUUGUAGACUAGAGAGCUAUUGCUUUCGCAUCUACUUCUUUACAGUCACAACUGAUUCGAGCAGACAUGUCGAUACUGAGAAGUUGGACCUUCUAUAAUUUUCAUUGCAGAGUGAUGGUUCGGAUGUACAGCUCGUGUACACCUACUCGUAAUCAUGGUCGAAGUCAACAGUACAAUAGUGAGAUGAUCGAACGCCAAUUUGGUCUUCGAAUUCUCCAACUUAUAGCCAUGAUCAAGUCUCCCUAACGUUCGUUCCUUUGCUGCACUCAUCUGUUUCAUGAAGUGCUCGAUUCGUCAUCGUAAAUUUGUUUAAUGCUUGCUUAAGGUUGAUGUCUCGAACAGAUGGUGUAAAAUCAGUAAGCAUGAUUCUCACUGAGACUGAAAUUUAGUACAAGAGAGCACGAUCACAUCGAAAUGUAUGUCCUUGACAAGAAGAGAAGAUAUGUUUACCUAGAUGUUUACUCAAGAU